AAAAGAGCUGUCCGUAACCGUUUUGAAGCCGUUCUGUCUCAAGCAAUUCGGCCAGAGGUGUCAGUUCAUCGCGCGUCCCGAUUACGAAUCGCAUUGGUUCAGCAUGGUGCAACAUUAGCUGCGAUCCAAAGCGUCGUGGAGGCAUAUGUCUCCAGCGUCGCACCAAGCAUGCCAGCCCUUGGCUUCUUGACCCUGGUGCCGUGGAGCUCGCAGGAAAGGCCAGCCAACGUGCUGGCAACUUGGGAAGGUUGUGGAGAGGCUUGUUCGGAAAGCAUCACUCGGAUAGUGGAGCAGCACGAGGUCGUGUUCAUCGUGUCCGUAUACAGGACGACGAGGGAGAAAAGGGGCGCUUUUAUCUCUUGGACUAUAUGGAGACGGCGCACCCCGACGCGCUCGUCUUCUUGCUGCAGCUUCCAGACAGGUUGGACCCCGAGCUGACCAAUGACUACAUCAGUACACUGGAGGCGCGACAUGACGAGAUCUACAGCUUUGGGGCGAAGGGCGUGCUGAUGGAGCUGGAGAUUGACCCUGAGGGGCUGCAACAUAAGUUAAGUUUGGCGCUCAUGGAGAACGACGCCAUCGAGCAGCGCAUGCGGGCGCAUGGUAACGUUUUGAACCAUGGGGAUCUCCUGACAACAGAACGGUGCCAGUUCAUCGAGGAUGAGUUCCGCAGCCUCCUUUGGAAGGACAUCCCGAAUCUGAUGAUGCCCCCUUUCCCGCCUCUGAAGAAUCGUUUGCUGGAGUCUAGGAAUCGGGUCGGGGAUUUCCGGUUCGUGCGCCCGUAUUUGAAUCACCAGCACGUGUUGUUGGCGGUGAACGGGCAGCAUGAAAGUGUAGUGAUCAAGGUGCACGACAAGCGCAGCGUCACCGAUGCCAACGAGGUGGAGAACAUAUACAAAGAGUUUUGGUUUUUGACUCACACCCUUGACCACCCACACAUCAUCCGUUGCGUAAGCAUGUUGCACAGCAAGCGUCAUGUAUAUGUGGUUCUCCAGUAUGGUGGCGACAUUUACAUGGAGCAAGUUUUGUCCACUCAACCAGACCACCGCUUGUCCAGGGACGACGCCGUGAACUGCAGUGCCCAGGUCGCGAGUGCUCUUUCCUACUGCCACGCCCAGGAUGUCGUCCAAGGGCAAUUGUCUUUGAGGCACGUGGCAGUAGAGAUAGCAUGUAAUCGGCACAUUUGCCGCCUUGUGGACUUCAGCAUGGCAGCCCACGUUCCAAAUUCCAGCACAAGGGAGACCCUGUGCGGAUCUCUGCCGUGCGUCGCUCCAGAGACGGCGCUGGAGGAACCGUACUUGCCCAAGCCAGCAGAUUGUUGGAGUCUAGGGGUGCUGUUCCUGGAGACCGCUUGCGGGCAUGGUUCGCUCGAGUUGUCCGUCCGGUGGCGCCGUGGAGAGACCAUCGCAUGUGCCGCACGGCGGAUACUCGAGUUCUUCUCCCAGCAUGGUUGCCACCAGGAGGCGAUGACGAUUAUGGGUAACGUGCACGACGACAUAAUAUUGGCAUGCUUGGAGUCGGUGUUGAAGCCCGAGCCAGUUCGCAGAGCGAAGGCGUCCCACAUGGUAGGAAUGGUAUCUGCCAGAAACAUAUGGUGAAAUCGCACAGUGGAGGCUAAUUUUGAUUUGAUUCGAAGUUAGUUGCUUUUGCACUUUGGGCGCGCGUGCAGGAUUGCAUGCAGCUCACAGCUGUAUACUUGUUGCUGGGAGCGUUAGGUUUUCUGCGCGACGCCGAUUCGCGAAUUACGCAUUUCUCGUGCGCUGAGUGUCCACGAAGCCAGGCAACCAGUCAGGAGAGAGUCUGAAUAUAGUGAUAGGGGCCCUCCGCCACACCAGCAGCCCAGUGCUCAUAAGCGGCUGCCAGCGUCCCUUCCCCCUCCUUCCCCUCCUCCGCCUCCUCCUCCCCCUCCUCCUUUGGCGUCUGUGAGCGGGUGUCGACUGCAAGGUUGCAGGCCAACCGAUCUCGGCCACUCACAAAUCAUUCAUGGCGAUUUUUUUGUAUUUAAGCCCUCGCGAUGGCUUAGAGCAGACGCGCGAACUCCACGAGCCCGAUCCCGAUCUCAUCCCUCCUUUGGCGCUGGUCAGCCCCUGCUUGCGCCCCGCGGAGAGUCCGCGACGGGACGACUGCAGGUCUCGGCCUGGCGGAGCCCAGCUGCGGCGGAGUGGGAGAUUCCACCCGAUUUCACACGGGCCGAUGCCCGCAAAAGUUUUGUUUGCCAGCCUUCCGGUCGAAGUGCUCACGCACCACCGUCUGUUGCGGAGGAGUGCCGCGCAGCAGUGCCCAGGGCCACCCUCGAAGAGAAGUUCGGGGCAAAACAGCGGCGUGCCCCCAAUCGCCCCGCGCGCACUUCCUCACGGGCGUAGGCAGGGAAGGAGUGUGGGGCCUCGUCCGUGCGGCAGAUGGCCGGCUCCUGUCAGCGCGGGGAGGGUUGCUCGGCGGGGCAGCUCCGGCGAGGAGCAGGCGGGAGAGAGGGGG